AGAUGGACUUUGAUAAAGUUGUCCAACUUGUUGGUGAGUUUGGAAGGAUCCAGUUGCGUACAGCGGCAUUUUCUGGAUUGGUGACGAUGUCCACAGCUUUACAAAUGAUGGUGACUUUAUUCAUGCAACAGUCACCGCCACACAGAUGCGCCAUUCCAGGCCUGGCAAACGACACUUUUGAAAUCCAAGGUACCUGGCACCAAUAUCUUAUCAACCAAACCAUUCCUGUAGACGAGAAUGGGGAGUAUGAGGGAUGUCUGUGGCGUAGUGGAAAUGAUUCUGGGAAUGGUAGUGUGUUGCCGUGCAAGGACCUGGUUUAUGACACAUCUGUAUUCCCGAGAACGUUCCCUACAGAAUUUGGUCUAUUAUGCGACGAUUCACUACUGGUAAAUAUGGCGAACGUAGUGUAUCUAGCAGGCGUGGCAGCAGGAGCAGCUGUUGGAGGCUUGGCAGCAGAUCUUAUCGGUCGGAAGUCUGUAUCUUUCCUCGCCUGUUUUGUACAUGGUGUCGGAGGACUAGGAGCUGCUUUGUCACCUAACUACGGGGCUUAUGUCGCAUUCCGUUUCUUUGUUGGCAGCUGUCACGGGAUUCUCAACAGUUCUGUCACGGUUUUAAGUAUGUAUAAUCACGUAAAAGCAUGGAGUUUGUGUCACCAAGAAGACGAUUGA